UUCACGUCGGCUGCUCCCCGGGUCGGGAGGUCGGGCUCCCGGCUCUCUGGCCCUGCCAAGUGUCCCCGGCUCCGGAGGGGCGGGCGGCAGCGGCGCCCGGGAUGGCUUCGGCGGGCAGCGGCAUGGAGGAGGUGCGCGUGUCGGUGCUGACUCCGCUGAAGCUGGUCGGGCUGGUGUGCAUCUUCCUGGCGCUGUGUCUGGACCUGGGGGCCGUGCUGAGCCCCGCCUGGGUCACGGCCGACCACCAGUACUACCUGUCCCUGUGGGAGUCCUGCCGGAAACCCGCCAGCUUGGACAGCUGGCACUGCGAGUCCACGCUCAGCAGCGAUUGGCAGAUUGCUACUCUGGCCUUACUCUUGGGUGGUGCAGCCAUCAUUCUCAUUGCAUUCCUGGUUGGUUUGAUUUCUAUCUGCGUGGGAUCUCGAAGGCGCUUCUACAGACCUGUUGCUGUUAUGCUUUUUGCAGCAGUUGUUUUACAGGUUUGCAGCCUUGUCCUUUACCCAAUCAAGUUCAUUGAAACUGUGAGCUUGAAAAUUUAUCAUGAGUUCAACUGGGGUUAUGGCCUGGCCUGGGGUGCAACUAUAUUUUCAUUUGGGGGUGCCAUCCUUUACUGCCUGAACCCUAAGAACUAUGAAGACUACUACUAAAACCGAGUCUCAGAUUUAAAAAAAAGAAAGCAAAAGAAAAGCAACCAUCCAACAAAAGAAUUACAUCUGCAUCUUUUCUAACUAUUUUCUAAAUCACUUGUGGAGCAUCAAGCCGUUUGCUCAUUUGAUUUAAUACCCUUUGCCUUGUGGCUGUCAGUAUCAUAACCAGCUUUUACAUCCAUUUUAGGGAUCUGCACAAAUUAAGAGAGCUGAUUAGACAUAGGCAAAUGCUGCAAACUUCCAAUAUGUUCAUGUCAUCUUUCUUGACAAGUGAAGGGUCUGUAUGACAGCAACUAUUGUGAGAAACCAGUUGGAAUGUGAAUUUCCUGAAUCUCAUACUGCCUGCAGGGGAGCAGCUGGCAUAAGCAGCAUUUAGAAGUUCUUUUGCUCUGAUAAGGAUUCUACUGUUGAAUCCUGCAUCACCUGCUUAUCCCACCCAAUAACUACAUUGGUUGUAGGUAAUUGAGUGAGCUCUUGAAAAGUGGACUGCCCUUCAGCAUCUGAUGGGUAUUGUGAAUAUAACUGGUUAAUGGUACACAUUCCAAGUUCAAGAACAUUUUUUAAUGGGAGGCUAGGCUUUGGCAAUCAGUAUCUCCUUUGAAAGGAAGUCAAGACUUAGAGAUACGUGCUUUUCAUUAUGUGGUUAGAAAUUGUUCCUCAGACUUUUCAAGAAAUGGGGAAAAUUGAGGGUCUCUGCUCUCCCUGGCGCAGUCAGAAAGAAAUAUGCAUGAGUCGCUUUUGUACCCUUUAAAUCAUUUACAAAACACUGCAGCAAACAACUGUGCAUAUGUAACAAACUUAAAUAUUUUUUAUAGAAGGUGAACCAUUAGUAUAAAUCGUAAUAAGUUGUUCGCAACCCUGCACAUACAUUUACCAAUUACACGUAAAAUUAAUAUUUGCUCUAGUGAAGUGAUUUGAACACUAACCUUGUAUGCAUUAAGAGGCUUAGAUUGGUUUUCACACUCAUUUACCAUACAAAAGUAUAUAUACCUUAAAGCUUUUGCUCUGUGUUCUCUACUGUUUCCCUGGAAAGUAGUAAUAGAAUUACCUAAGAAGAAAACAUGAAAUAGUGUUAAUAGGAAAAUGAAUGAUUCUUCCCUAAGCACUGUAGUUCAAAAGAAAGCUUCAGUUCAGAUGAUCGGUUUUGUAAUAUCCAUUAAAAUAGAGGGCUGCUAUUUUUUGCAAAUAUUUGAAAUGUCUUCAUUUUAAAAGAUGGUGAUAGAUUUAUAUAAAUGUCUAAAUGUCUUGGUAGAGGAAUAGAAUUCAUGUGGUUAUCAUCUGGUCCUCUGGAAUUCACUGAUUGGCUGAUCUGUGCAAUAAUGACGGAUUUAUAUUAGUGGAAUCAUUUACUCACUAUUCCAAUGGAAGAAAACAUCAAUAAUACGGAAUAAGUUUGCAGCUAAUCUCACAAUGCAAACUGGUAUUAAUUCUGUUUAAUAUACAAAUUUGGAUAGUUUAAUUAUAAACCUAUUUUUAUAGAAAUAUACAAUUCUAAUAUAAAAGUUAUAAAUAAUUAUUUUUGUUAACAAAGCCACUAAAAUAAUGUUACAGUUUGACCCUCUUGCAGAGAGAAGCAUUGGAAAAAUAACUUAAAGCAUAUCCAUUUAUUAUUAUAUUGCAAAAACCAUUACAAGCAGGACUGCAUCAAGAAUAUUUAAUAAUUUGCUUUACCUCCCAGAGCAGAGUUCUGCUUUUAACUUGUCUUAAAAGCAGUUGCCAAAAGCAACAGCCCCCACCCAAUGAAACUAUUUUGUUAUUCACAUGCCAAAAAAGCCACUUAUAUGGUGAAUUUUCUACAGAAUCAAAAAAGGGAACAUGAAGUACCAGGCUUAUUCUUAUUUUAGUAAUGAUAGACAAAUGUGGAUCCUAGAGAGACACCUUUAUGAAAGUAUAUGAUUCCGUAAAGAAUCAUAAGAAACUAUGAGUGGAAGUUUUCCAGAAAGAUACUAUUAUUGUAGAAUAUUUAGAAGCAGUCUUCUUGAGGAAUAGUAAAAUCUAGGGCAGACUCACUUGAAGUUAAUUGCAUAUUUUCAGAACAGCAUAAGAAAUAAAAUAUUUGGAUUUUGGUUACUAAACACACUGUUGUGAAAAGAUCUCUUUAUUCCUGAGUAGUGAAAGAACAGUACUUUGGUGCUGUCAUCAAUGAGGCACUUCCCUUGGACAUAGUAAUGGGGGAUGUAAUGUACUGUUAGAACCAAUAUCACUAUAGUAUCAACUUUUCACUGCCUGUCAAUAUGCCAAGGUGGGGAGUGACGGAAUAUGCUAUACAUCAAGGCACACAUAUUUGCAGUUUACUGUGAUUUCUUCUAUAACUUUUCCCAGUGAAGAGCCAGCCCUAUGUUGCAUUUCUACCAUCACUGAUAUUUGGAAGUAUAUUAUUACUAACAAAGCUCAGUAUAACAGGAAACUUGUUGCUCAUCCAAAAUAUCAUUUUUGUUUAUCAGAAUAAACACAAGUAAAGUUUUACCUACAUUAAUGUGUUUUUGCAGCUUUAGGUUUGUUACAUUUAUUCCUUCAGCAAAACUGUCAACCACAAUUCAUUGUUUAUUUUAGAGAGAAUGAAUAUAUAUAUAUAUAUAUAUAUAUAUAUAUAUAUAUAUAUGGCAUAAAAGUACUCAGCAGGGCUAGUUAUUCAGAUUUCUUGCACAAGUAUUUAGCUUUUUGUAAGUUCAACAUGUAAAUUUUAAAGACAUAAAUAUAGAGAGACCUAUGUGUUUGAAAUAUAAAUGAUAUAUAUGGAUUAGCAUGUACCUGUAUAUUAUUAAAAAUGCAAUGAACUGAUUGGUAAGUGAUGUUUAAUUGUAUGGCUAGCAAUGUAAUUUAUUCAGACUGUAUUUUUGUACAGAGCAGCACACACUAACCUAUGCCUCUGUGUCCUCUUUAAUGCCUAAAACUGUGCCUAGAAAUUUCAUCUGUCUUAAAAAUAAAAUAUUCUUCAUGCUGUUUAUGCUAUUAAUUUCUCUAUUGCUAUUCUCUAUUUAUUGUUUUUGACUAUAUGACAUGUUUACUACUUAAAUAUGAAUUUAUGGUAUCCUGGUUACUUUUUAUAACAAUCGUCUGGGGGGAAACCUGUUUAUCACUCCAGUUACUUUGAGUUUGCAGUUCCAUGAUCAGUUCUUCAUUUCAUGAUUUUUGUAGUUGACAUGAAGUUAUCUAUGUGGAAAAAAUACAAAUAAAAGUGGUUUCACUGA